AUGAGUCUCUUGGAAUACAUGUCAACAGUAAAAAGGCAUCUCCUAUCCCAGAAGCUCCCGGGGACCUACAGAUCUGACUCCAACAGGAACUUCCUGUUCGUCUUCUUCAUCAUAGGGCUUCUGAACCUAAUACUUGGUGUGAUAGCAACAUUUGUGUACAGCAGCCUGAUGGAGACAACCAUCCCGUAUACGGAUGACCUGAGCACUGAUGUCUAUCUUCCCAGUGGGAAGAUUUAUCUUUUCCUGGAAAUGAGAGAGUUCUACCAGACCAAUUUGAGGUACAGCAAAAGCAUCAGCUAUGACCAGCUUAGGGGAGAAAGGCCAAAAAGCCUUAAUGCAGCUAGCCCGUUGUCCUACGAGGAUGGGAAGGCCAUAUAUCCUGCUGGGCUUCUCCCAAACAGCUUUCCCCACGAUGAAUAUGAGAUUGACGGAGUGGAGAUUGAGACUGACGGAAUUUCAUGGGAAUCUGAGAGGAAUAUAGUAAGGCCACCCUCCUAUACAAGGGAUGAGGUUGUCGCCCCUCCCCUGUGGCCAAACUACACCGAGGUUCCUGACCUAAGUCUCAACGAGAGGUUUACAAACUGGAUUUAUAUAGCACCUUUUCCGAGCUUUAGGAAGCUUUGGGGAGUAAUUGACGUAGCAACAGAAGGAACAUACACGUUGAACAUCACAUCAAGAUUUCCAUAUGGAGAUAAGCGUGUAUCGCUCAUUCAAUCAUCAGUGAUAGGAUCUAAGAACUAUUUCCUGUCCAUUGGGCUGAUACUUGUUGGGCUAUCAAUGAUUCUGCUUUCUCUUCAUUAUCACUGUGAAUAG